AUGUCUGGAAAGAUCGAACCGAAGAUGAAUCUAAUUGAGAAGGCGGGUACCCUCAGGGUUGAGGACGAUGUGGACUUCGCGGUCAAGGGUCGAAAAUUUGAUGGUGAUGGAAAUUAUCGGCAAUGGUGGGAUGAUGACUGGAUAACGCAGUACAAUGAGAAGGCAAAUUGCUAUGUAGAACAGUACGGGAACGUAAAGCCGACAGAAGUCGGUCCUUCCCAUGCAUACAAGCUGUAUCUCGCGAAACACGAAGAUGCUGCAAAAAUCGAGUCUGUCAGUGGUUUCGAUGCGGAUCAGUUAUUCUUCCUCGGUGUUGCUAUGAAAAGCUGUAGAAAAACAUCGGAGUUCACUCUGUAUGAACAACUUGGUAGUCUGCAUGCGCCUGGGCAGUACAGGGUUAAUCAAGUUGUUCCAAAUUUACCUGCCUUCGCCGAAGCGUUUCAUUGUUCUCCGGAAUCGAAGAUGAAUCCAAAGAAGCGUUGUACCAUAUGGUGA